AUGCUAAUUCAGACUAAGAUUAUCUUUUUCUUAAACUUGGUUUUAACAUACUCCCUAUUAAUCAGCACUAAAAGUAGUGGAUCAAGAUCUUCAUUUAGUAGAAGUAGCUACAGAUCCUCUUCUUUUUCAACCUCUUACUACACUUACUUCAAUUUUUAUACAAAUACUUACAGUUACAGAGCUAUCGGUACUCAAGAUGGUUGGUGGUGGAUCAUCUUUGCGAUACUAACAGGAUUUAUGCUGUUGAUAUGCAUAUUUAUUUGGUCGAUUGCUAGAUGUAUGGGAGUACAUUUUUGCGCAAUAUUCUAGAGUUUGUUCCUGUGUAAAUGCUCUUAAUAUAAAUAAAUAGAUGCAAGAUAUAAGGAAGCAAUAGCACAUAAUAACCGAUAAUAACCUUAAUAGUCGGAAGCAGAUAAUGAUCUUAGAGUAAUGUAGUAAUAAGCUGCUAGUGAUAAUGGAAUUUAUCAAAUGAAUAGUGUGCUGGGUCAUCAACCUGUCAUUAAUCAAAAUUAGAAUUAUCCAAAUAGCAUUCAAGGAUAUCCUAAAGUUGAUCAUGAUCCAUUUUAUUCUGCUAGAUUAUAAGCGACUCAUGAUCAGAGUAUACUUGUAAAUUAAACGAUCAUUUAAGCACCUCCUAUAAGUUACACUUUUAACCCAUAACCUCAAUAAUUAGUUUACUAGCAGCCAGUUAUCUAUUAACCUCAAGAAUAUCCUAUCUAACAGCCACCCUAAUUUGAUCCUAAUUAACAGUAGCCAUAAUUAAUGCAAAACUAGCCAAUGUAUGACCCUAAUUAAUAGUAUGCUGCUGGCUACCCUCAAUAAUAACCUACAGGAUAUGUUCCCUCAGGAUACGGAUACCCUCCCCCUUAGUGA